AUGAGAUUGGAUAGAGAAAAUGCCAAGAAAAAGGACGAUGACAUGUUUCUUACUAUAGAUUUACAACAGACCAUGCCCUUACCAAAAAUACUCACGUCAAAAGCUUUCUAUUUGAGACAAAUAUGGUUUUACAACUUUGAGAUUCAUGUCGUUACCAAAAACAAAGAAAACACGUUUUUUUGUACAUGGACCGAAGAUGUGGCUGAUCGUGGAAGCUGUGAAAUUGCUAGUGCUCUAUUACGUUUUGUUGAUACAAACCAUAAUAGUAACCAAAAAAAGGACAACCUGGUUAUAUGGUCAGAUUCGUGUGCCGGGCAAAAUAAGAAUUUUAACAUGAUUUGCUAA